GACACACCUCGCCGGAAGUUUCCGCCUCGCGCGGCUGGCUGAGGCACCCGGACGGGGGGGAAAGCGGCAGGACUUCUGUCCUCUGUCCUCUCGCCAGCGUCGCUUCGUCCGUGCUCUUCACGAGCGCCCGGUGGCCGGGGUCUCACGGGGUGGAUCGUCGCAGCGGGGCGCCCCCAUGUUGCGUUUUCCGACCUGUUUCCCGUCCUUCCGGGUGGUGGGAGAGAAGCAGCUGCCACAGGAGGUCAUUUUCCUGGUCUGGUCGCCCAAGCGGGAUCUCAUUGCUUUGGCCAACACCGCGGGCGAGGUUUUAUUACAUCGACUUGCAAGUUUUCACCGAGUUUGGAGUUUUCCACCAAAUGAAAAUACAGGAAAGGAAGUGACCUGUCUGGCUUGGAGACCAGAUGGCAAACUUUUGGCCUUUGCUCUUGCUGACACCAAGAAGAUUAUUUUGUGUGAUGUGGAAAAGCCCGAAAGCUUGCACUCUUUCUCCGUGGAGGCCCCGGUCUCCUGCAUGCACUGGAUGGAGGUGACUGCGGAGAGCAGUGUCCUCACGUCCUUUUACAAUGCCGAGGACGAGUCAAACCUUCUCUUGCCCAAGCUGCCCACGUUACCAAAGAAUUAUAGCAACACCUCAAAAAUAUUUAGUGAAGAAAAUUCUGAUGAAAUUAUUAAGCUCUUGGGAGAUGUCAGGCUUAAUAUUCUUGUCCUUGGAGGAAGCUCUGGAUUUAUCGAGCUUUACGCUUAUGGAAUGUUCAAAAUUGCUCGAGUUACAGGGAUUGUGGGUACGUGUCUUGCAUUAUGCUUAUCAAGUGAUCUGAAGUCACUGUCAGUGGUCACAGAGGUGUCUGUCGGUGGUGCUCAAGAAGUUUCAUACUUUCAGCUUGAAACUAAUCUAUUGUAUUCCUUCUUACCUGAAGUAACUCGGAUGGCUAGAAAGUUCACUCACAUUUCAGCUCUUUUGCAGUAUAUAAAUUUGUCACUGACAUGUAUGUGUGAAGCGUGGGAAGAAAUACUGAUGCAGAUGGAUUCUCGUCUCACCAAGUUUGUGCAGGAAAAGAACACAACCACAUCAGUGCAAGAUGAAUUCAUGCAUUUGCUGUUGUGGGGAAAAGCGAGUGCUGAACUCCAGACGCUCUUGAUGAACCAGUUAACAGUAAAGGGUUUAAAGAAGCUCGGCCAGUCUAUAGAGUCGUCAUAUUCCAGUAUACAGAAAUUGGUUAUAAGUCACUUACAGAGCGGCUCAGAGUCUUUGUUGUAUCAUUUGAGUGAGCUGAAAGGGAUGGCUUCGUGGAAGCAGAAAUACCAGCCUCUUGGACUGGAUGCUGCAGGAAUCGAAGAUGCUAUUACUGCUGUGGGUUCUUUCAUACUCAAAGCAAAUGAACUUCUUCAGGUUAUAGAUAGCAGUAUGAAAAACUUCAAAGCAUUUUUUCGGUGGCUGUACGUGGCAAUGUUGAGAAUGACAGAAGACCAUGUGCUUCCCGAGCUGAAUAAGGUAGCGUAUAGGAGUGGGGCCGGCGCUGCACAUCCACAGAUGACUCAAAAGGAUAUUACAUUUGUUGCUGAAUUUCUUACUGAACAUUUCAAUGAGGCUCCAGACCUUUAUAAUCGCAAAGGAAAAUACUUUAAUGUUGAAAAAGUUGGUCAGUACUUGAAAGAUGAAGAUGAUGAUCUUGUGUCACCCCCUAACACAGAAGGAAACCAGUGGUAUGACUUUCUCCAAAAUAGCAGCCACCUUAAAGAAAGUCCUUUGCUGUUUCCUUAUUAUCCUCGAAAAUCAUUGCAUUUUGUGAAAAGACGGAUGGAGAACAUUAUUGAUCAGUGUUUGCAAAAGCCAGCGGAUGUAAUUGGAAAAUCGAUGAAUCAAGCAAUCUGUAUCCCAUUAUAUAGAGAUGCUAGAAGUGAAGAAUCUGCACGUAGAUUGUUCAAAUUUCCUUUUCUGUGGAAUAAUAAAGCUUCAAACCUGCAUUAUCUUCUUUUUACUAUUUUAGAAGAUUCACUGUAUAAAAUGUGCAUCUUAAGGAGACAUACUGAUAUUUCCCAAUCUGUAACUAAUGGACUGAUUGCUAUUAAAUUUGGGAGUUUCACAUAUGCCACAACUGAAAAAGUCAGAAGAAGCACCUACAGCUGUUUAGAUGCCCAAUUCUAUGAUGACGAAACGGUAACAGUCGUUCUUAAAGACAUUAUAGGACGUGAGGGGAGAGACAGGCUGCUGGUCCAGUUGUCGCUGUCUUUAGUGUAUAACAGUGAAGAUUCUGCAGAGUAUCAGUUCACUGGGACCUACUCCAAAAGGCUAGAUGAACAAUGCAGUAUCAUUCCCAUGCGUACCAUGCAUUUUGAGAAGCACUGGAGGUUACUGGAAAGUAUGAAAGCGCAGUAUGUGGCUGGGAAUGGUUUUCGGAAAGUGUCCUGUGUGUUAAGUUCCAAUCUCCGUCACGUGAGAGUAUUUGAAAUGGACAUCGACGACGAGUGGGAGCUGGACGAGUCUUCGGACGAUGACGAGGAGGUGGGGGGCAGGGCCGUGAAGAUAAAGGAGGAGGUGCUGUCCGAGUCGGAGGCCGACACCCCACCGGCUGCCCCCACUGCUGCUCUGGCCCCGGAGGUCCUUAAGGCGGAAAAACUGACCCCUGAGCUGGAUUCCUGACCCCACAGACCAGGACUUUAUGUUCCCGCGGCAGAAAGGAUGCAGGAGGUGGGCCGAGACACUCUGACCCACUCUUGAUUUUCUUUGUGUAACAAAGAAAUAAAAGUAAAUUUUAUU